AUGUGCAGCGCCCUCUCAGACUUGCGAGAGUUCGAAACAGGUCGGGGCGGCGCCAGGGACAGUCAGCGUCUACAGCCGACGUGUACUCAGCAAGUAAACAUCAUGGGCAACGCCAGCAGCGCCAGAGCCAUGACGGAGCUGGCCGUUACUGCGCGCCCUAACGACCCAUCUCUGCUGGAAGUUAUCGCAAUAUUCUGGAUAACGGAGGCAUUUAAAUAUGAUUUGGAAGAACAGAGGGUUGCGGCCAUGGAUACAAACGAAGAUACAGUGAGCACUUGCGAAGAAAUUAGUCAAGAUGUCGAUCAUCAAACAACGCAAGGCAACUACCUACCACGCACACUUGUGCUGCCAGCACCACCGAUAUGGGUUGGAAGAGCACCACCGAUAUGGGUUGGAAGAGCACCACCGAUAUGGGUUGGAAGAGCACCACCGAUAUGGGUUGGAAGAGCACCACCGAUAUGGGUUGGAAGAGCACCACCGAUAUGGGUUGGAAGAGCACCACCGAUAUGGGUUGGAAGAGCACCACCGAUAUGGGUUGGAAGAGCACCACCGAUAUGGGUUGGAAGAGCACCACCGAUAUGGGUUGGAAGAGCACCACCGAUAUGGGUUGGAAGAGCACCACCGAUAUGGGUUGGAAGAGCACCACCGAUAUGGGUUGGAAGAGCACCACCGAUAUGGGUUGGAAGAGCACCACCGAUAUGGGUUGGAAGAGCACCACCGAUAUGGGUUGGAAGAGCACCACCGAUAUGGGUUGGAAGAGCACCACCGAUAUGGGUUGGAAGAGCACCACCGAUAUGGGUUGGAAGAGCACCACCGAUAUGGGUUGGAAGAGCACCACCGAUAUGGGUUGGAAGAGCACCACCGAUAUGGGUUGGAAGAGCACCACCGAUAUGGGUUGGAAGAGCACCACCGAUAUGGGUUGGAAGAGCACCACCGAUAUGGGUUGGAAGAGCACCACCGAUAUGGGUUGGAAGAGCACCACCGAUAUGGGUUGGAAGAGCACCACCGAUAUGGGUUGGAAGAGCACCACCGAUAUGGGUUGGAAGAGCACCACCGAUAUGGGUUGGAAGAGCACCACCGAUAUGGGUUGGAAGAGCACCACCGAUAUGGGUUGGAAGAGCACCACCGAUAUGGGUUGGAAGAGCACCACCGAUAUGGGUUGGAAGAGCACCACCGAUAUGGGUUGGAAGAGCACCACCGAUAUGGGUUGGAAGAGCACCACCGAUAUGGGUUGGAAGAGCACCACCGAUAUGGGUUGGAAGAGCACCACCGAUAUGGGUUGGAAGAGCACCACCGAUAUGGGUUGGAAGAGCACCACCGAUAUGGGUUGGAAGAGCACCACCGAUAUGGGUUGGAAGAGCACCACCGAUAUGGGUUGGAAGAGCACCACCGAUAUGGGUUGGAAGAGCACCACCGAUAUGGGUUGGAAGAGCACCACCGAUAUGGGUUGGAAGAGCACCACCGAUAUGGGUUGGAAGAGCACCACCGAUAUGGGUUGGAAGAGCACCACCGAUAUGGGUUGGAAGAGCACCACCGAUAUGGGUUGGAAGAGCACCACCGAUAUGGGUUGGAAGAGCACCACCGAUAUGGGUUGGAAGAGCACCACCGAUAUGGGUUGGAAGAGCACCACCGAUAUGGGUUGGAAGAGCACCACCGAUAUGGGUUGGAAGAGCACCACCGAUAUGGGUUGGAAGAGCACCACCGAUAUGGGUUGGAAGAGCACCACCGAUAUGGGUUGGAAGAGCACCACCGAUAUGGGUUGGAAGAGCACCACCGAUAUGGGUUGGAAGAGCACCACCGAUAUGGGUUGGAAGAGCACCACCGAUAUGGGUUGGAAGAGCACCACCGAUAUGGGUUGGAAGAGCACCACCGAUAUGGGUUGGAAGAGCACCACCGAUAUGGGUUGGAAGAGCACCACCGAUAUGGGUUGGAAGAGCACCACCGAUAUGGGUUGGAAGAGCACCACCGAUAUGGGUUGGAAGAGCACCACCGAUAUGGGUUGGAAGAGCACCACCGAUAUGGGUUGGAAGAGCACCACCGAUAUGGGUUGGAAGAGCACCACCGAUAUGGGUUGGAAGAGCACCACCGAUAUGGGUUGGAAGAGCACCACCGAUAUGGGUUGGAAGAGCACCACCGAUAUGGGUGACCAACGAACUCACGGCGACGUGCUGUUGCUUCUGGCUGAAUUUCUACACGAGCGACACCUUCGAACAUUUGUCUCAUCUCACCCAACAGCUGGCUCUACUGGGUAGUCAGACGUGUCUGCUCGUCUUUGAUUUCUAA